CAGACAAGUAUAAAUCUAUCAAUGGACAAGUCAAAAAUGAGUGACAUCUAGCAAGAAAUAUAAAUCACCCAAAUUGCUCAACAUAAAAAUCCAGUACAAACGGAAUGCAACACAGAAUUUACUACUAACCGUGCCUUCUAGGGCAUGUGUUAAAAUAUUAAAAUGGCGUCAGACCUGGUGAGGGAUUAUACUGAGCUCAUGCUGAACAGCCCGUACGGUCAGAUCGUGUACGGGACGGAGGGUCUACCUUCUAAAGUGAUGAAAACUCUCUCCUCAGAAACUUUCACCAAGACCGAAGAAGAAGAUGAAAGUAGUGAAGCAAAUGAGAACACAGAUCACCUGGUGAUAAACGACCAGUGCCGCCCAUGGACACUCGUUGUACCAGAGCUAGAAGAGUUACAAGACCAACAGCAAAGUAGAACACCAAACAACCAACUGCUGGUUAGCGGAUCACAUUACCAGAAAGAAAAAGAUGAUCCGAUCUCAUCAUCAUCCUAUACCCUGGCCAGUGACAGCAGUCAGUACAGCAAUGAUGUAGACCUCUGGCUGAGGGGAUCUCCUACUGAGAGUACUGGUGUUCAGAACAGCAGGGUGGCGGUGGUCCAGCGGUCCACCAUAGCGCCGUCAUCAUCACUAGACGGCAUGUGGUACAUUCUAGCAAUGAUACUGCCCAUGUUCAGCGUCAACAACUGCGUGCAGUGGAGGUGUACGCCGAGCACUGUCCUCAGCGCAGCAGAAUUCUUCCUCAAUCAAUUUACCCGGUUCUGUCAACUGGCCCGUACUCACUUGCGUCGUCUGGCCGGAGACCAGAUAGCUCGAGACCUCUUCGCCACAGCAAUGGAUAUCGUGCUGGUGGUCUACGCCAUUGGAUUCCUCGUCCUAUCCCUGUACCAAGCCUCCAUUAUCGGUUAAUUUCCAAUGAAGAUAGCAGUUUCUAAGUCCAUUAUAAAAACAGUGAAGUCAAAACAUUACAUGUGUCCCGUAUUUUAUUAGGUCAUUCCCGUUUAUAAACUUUUGGGUGAAA